UCAGUCCUUAACGUGCAAUCGGGAAGUCCGGCCUCAGACGCUGGCCUCCGAUCGGGUGAUGUCCUCUUGAAUGUGGGCAACCGGUCGACGACAUCCCCUCCUAUGACUCAUUCACAGGCCAGGGAUAUAAUCAAUACGACCGCCAAUACGCUCAACAUUCAGGUGCAGCGCCCACAGCAACAGGGUACGCCACUUUCGCCCUCAAGAUCUCUAUCCCCAGCGUAUAUAUCGGAGCCGUCGUCCGCACAGACACUCUACAGACCAGUGCCCACACAGAGAGGAGUUAUCCCACAGUUUCCACUCGAUUACGACUCGUCGAUACGAAAACCCGAAACCAAUACUCAGGAGUUUCUCAGAGAGAAGGCUUUAGAGCAGUGGGCUAUCACUAAACAAACGUACCGCACACUGCCAUUGAUUGAGCCGAAGCCCAAAGUACGCCGAGACUGUCCCACCGGCUCCUAUAUGCGCCUAAUGGAGGGCCCGACUUGGCAUGAAGUGCCCAAAACUAUUAUUAAUCCAAAUCCGCAUAAAUUGCAAGGAGUUUUGAAUAGGUUUAUGUUAACUAAUUGGUUGUACGGACAGGGAGUCCAGCAAAACAAUCCCGGAGUCGUUCAUUUGCAGUACAAUUCGCCGCUCAAUAUGUAUAGCGAGGAUAACGUGGCCAACAUAUAUGCGAUCGGUUACGAGCAGUCCAUUAGACCGCAUAUGACUAACACAUAA